AUGAGUGAAAGAACUAGUAUUAUCCUUUUUGGACUAACUGGUGAGGGAAAGUCCACUAUUUCUAACAUGCUGAUUCAAGGCGAUAUUCAUUAUGAAUCCAAUGCGUUCGAAGUAAAUGAUACUGCAGCUGGUGUAAGUUUAAAUGUAAAUUGCAGUUUUAAUGAGCGAUUUAUAGUUUACGAUACGAUUGGAUUAGGUGAACCAAGUUAUGGAACUGUUCCACAUAGAAAUGCUGUCAGAGAGAUAAGAAAUUAUUUUUCUGUAUGUGGGGUGCCACUCAACUAUAUUGCUUACGUUAAAAAGAAGGGUAGAAUUACAGAUAAAGAUCGUGAAAUGUUUAAAAUACUUAAAGAUAUCUUUACAGGAGGUGAAAAAAAUGUCAUUAUUAUUAUCACUGAUGGUAAUCAGGCAUGGGUCGAAAAAAACUCUGAAAAAUUGAAGAAUUUUGGAGAUUAUCCGAUUAUUCCGGGAAUUGUACUUGAAGUUCUUAGCUCGAACCAGAAGACCGAGAACAAAGUAGUUCAAAUCAUUGAAAUUAUACCAGUAGUUGGAUCGUCAUAUCAACUGAUUUCUUCCGGUGUUUAUUAUACGAUGGGAAAGUCAAAUUUAGCAAAAGAACGACUUAAAAAUGGAGCUAUCGGGGUAGUUAUAGACGUUACGUGCGUUGGUGCUCUUCGUGAAGGUGCAAUUGUGGGUAAAGCUGCGUAUAAAGGAAUAAAGGCGGCAGCAGUUUAUACAUUUAAUAAAUCAGAUAAAUGA